UCAUUCUGAGCUGAGGGAGGAGGAGAGAAACGGCGAGGAUGGAGAAGGUUCUCCUGAGCAUCAUCUCUGCAGCAGGACUGUGUGCCGUUCUCUGUCAUGCUGAGCGUCGGUAUCAUUUUGUUUAUGAGGAGAAGAACAUGGCCGAGGCUCGGAGCUACUGCAGAGAGAAAUACACAGACCUGGCCACCAUAGACCACAUGAACGACGUGAAGAUCCUGAAUGACAUGGCAGAUUUGAGCAGAAUGAACUACUCAGAGUUCAGCUAUCGAGCCUGGAUCGGUCUGUACGACGACGUGAACAGUUGGAGGUGGUCACUGACAAACACAAGUUUCUACAAACCUGGAGAGACCGAGUUUAGAAACUGGAACCCUGGACAACCUAAUAACCAGCACAGCAAUGAACACUGGUCCAAUGUGACAUUUGUCCUCGCCCCCACCGCCAUGUCAUGGUCUGAUGCUGUGAGCUACUGCAGAGAACACCACACUGACCUGGCCAGUGUGAGGAACAUGGAGGAGAACCAGAAGAUAGAAGAGCAGAUAUCAGGACAACGUGUCUGGAUUGGCCUCUCCAGGGAGUCCUGGAAGUGGAUGGAUGGAAGUAGAUCCACAUUUAGGUACUGGAAAGAUGGUGAACCAAACAACCAGUAUAAGAAUGAGAUGUGCGUGGCAGCUGACUUUGGAAACUCUGGCAAAUGGGAGGACUGGCAAUGCCACUACAAGAGAGCAUUCAUCUGCUACAGCGUCCCUGUCUCCAAACAAGUGAUCAAGGUGAGGCUGGUGAAGCAGAGCUCCUCUCUGGAUCUGAACGACCCUGCCGUGCUGGAGGACAUGCUGAAGGAGCUCAGACAGAAUCUGAGGGAUCAAGGGGUGACACAGGACGUCAGACUGAGCUGGAGGAAGCAGGCGGACGGAAAGGUGUUUCACAAAGAGAAGAACAAGGAGAAGAAGAAGAGGAACAAAAUAAGAAUGGCCAGAAAAACUGAGUUCUAG